UCUGUGAUACAGCAGCGGAGAGAUGCCUGUGACACGAUGUGAGCUUUGGAUGGGUUCCAUUUGGAUUCCAUUCAAGAAUGAAGGCUGGAGGUGGGGCUGGAGCCUCAGGAAAGGCGAUGGGAAGGAAGUGACAUUGGAGGUGAGAUCUAAAGGUGAAUGGGGCAGUUGGGCAAAGGUGAAAGAAGAGCACCCCAGGCAGAGGGAAGCACCCCGAGCUGUGUCAAGAGGCCCGGGUUGGAAAGUUCUUGGUGUGCUGGGAGGAACCCUGUUAGGUCUAGGGGUGCUAGAGUAAAGCUGGUGUCUCCCUGGAAUUACUACAAGUUCAUCCUGCGGGCCUGUUGUCUCGUCCUCAGCAUCCUGGCGACCCUGAUGAUUCUCAGCACGGUGGAUGGGCGUAUGGCCCACGUGCAGGGCUCCUACACUGGCUACCUGGGCAUCUGGCCUAACUGCGGGAGGCACAGGUGUGCCAACCUGGAUCAAGUCACUGUUCUUGCCCACAUGAGCACGGGCUUCAUGAUGCUGGCCCUGAGCCUGAGUGUCAUUCUCCUCCUGGCCAUGUGCCUUUCCCUCAGGCCAGUCUUCUGGUGCCUUAACAAGGUAGACCUUGUCUUCAGUUCCCUCAGCUUCAUCACUGGAAUCCUGAACUACUUAAACUACAUGGGCAUCUGCAGCAAAGUGAGGUUCUUCAUGGAGAGGCGGAUGAGCUAUCGGCGCUGGGUCUCGCAGCGGGGCGCCCUGAGGUCCGCGUCCCAACAGCAGUCAGAGCCAGACACCAAGCACACCGUGCACCUGCCCAGUUCUCUCACCCUCCCGGGCACACCCCCGGACUCUCAGGACACCAACCAGAAACCGAGGCUAGGUGCUGGGCCCGCCCCGUUCAUCGUGGCUGUGCGCCCAUUGGACCUCCCUUGAGGUCUCACUCCCUAAGAACAGGCCUUGCCCUCCGGGGACCUUAGCGGCUCUGCUCCUGCCCACUGAGUCCUCAGCCUGCCCUCGCCUUCUGAGCGCACCUGGAGCAGCGAGGCCCGUUGGCAUGGCCCCUCGCAGGCCACGCCCCGAAGCCCCACACCCUCUUCAGAACACCUCCCCUUCCAAGGCCUGGAGUUGACCUAGGCACCUGCUGGACCUAGACCUUCGGAGGAACAGACCCCUCCUCAGAAAGGAGUGACUUGCAAUAACAUCCCCGCCCCCUUCUAGGCUUCCCGCCACAAUAAAAUCUGGGUGCCACCCAACCUUUCAGAGUCCAACCCUCUUUUGUGUCCUCUCCCCCAAGGCAAGGUUGGACCUGGGGUGU